AUGAUCGAGAAAUUAUUGAAAAUCACGAAUCCGCUAUCUUCGUCAAAUCACGGAAAUUCACCGCCAAAAAUCGACAAUUCCAAAAACGUGAAAACGACAAAAAUUAGCUCCUUGAUGUCUUAUGUAACGAAACCGCCGCAAAAGAAAAGAACAAUCAUCGCAAUUCCACUCAAGCCAAAGCAAAAAGAAGAGACCUCGAAACUUCCCGAAAUCAAGGAAGAGAAAAAACUUCAAGAAAAAAUUGAAGUGAAAAAAAUUGAAACGAAAUCGGACAAUUCCGACAGUUUACUUGACAAGAACUCGGACAAGAGCUUGGACGAUUUGAGCAUCCCGGAAAUUUCGAUUUCGAGCGGGAGCUCUGUCAGCUCGAUUUGCGAUAGUCCAAUUACUGUGACUCCCAAAUCUCAGCCGAAGAAAAUUCAAAAUUCUACUUCGAGAAAAUCCGACUCGAAAUGUGCUGUCUCCUCUUCUCUAGAGUCAUCAUCCUCCGCCGAGAACUCAUCCCUUUCUACCUCCAGCAAUCCUUCCUCCUCCUCCCCGUCUCCACUCCAGAAAUCGACGAAUCAAACAGUCCAGGCCAGCUCUGGCUACGGCUCAGAAGGCUAUGUCUCCGAAAAUUCGACAAAGUCGCAGUUCGAAAACGCCAAACGAAUCAUCGUCCCAAUCGUCGCAAAAGUCACCCCAGCGCCGGCAAAACCCGCGAUUGAGUUGAACAAAACUCACGUGAUUCCAAAAAUUGAAAAGAAAUCCAGUUUUCUUGCUGCGAAGCCGUUUUUGACGAACAAAGUCGAGCCAAAAUUCGUCGACAUAAGGGAUGAAAAGUCACAUUGUGCGAGGUGCCACAAAAGUUUCAAUCCUAAUUCGAGUUCGAAUGCUGAGAUGAGAUGUCUACUUCCUCACCCGACUAAUAUGGUAAUCGCCCUGGGAAGAGACCAGAACGGAACGAACUUCGUGUGCUUAUGUUGUCGAACCGAGUUCAAGCUGCCAAAAAUGACGUUUUACGAAGCAGGCGUCAAUUCCAUGCUGACUGGAUACUGCUUUCGAGGGCAGCAUACUUCGAAAUCUAAGUCUAUUGACUAUCAAGAUAAAGGAGGAGCAGCAUUAUCCUGCGAAGAAGCUGGCUGCAUCGAGUUUUUCGUCUAA